AAGGCCUCGAUAUGAACACAUUCUUUUCUUCAUCAAAAAUCGAAUUACAUUUAUAAAUAAAUCAAAUUUGAGUUUACAAAAAUGGUUUCUAGGGUUUUUCUGUUGUUGGGUCUUUUGGCUAUUGUUCUCCUCGUCUCUUCUGAGGUUGCAGCUAGAGACGUGACCAAAACUUCCGCUCAAGACAUUACGGAUAAGAAAGCUGAUACCAAGGUAGAGGAUGCCAAGUACGGAGGAUAUCAAGGAGGCGGAUAUGGCGGUGGAUAUCCUGGAGGAGGAUAUGGUGGGAAUCCUGGCGGUGGAGGAUAUGGUGGUUACCCAGGUGGUGGAUAUGGAGGACGAGGUGGAUACGGAGGACGAGGAGGAUAUGGAGGAGGUUGCCGAUAUGGUUGCUGCUACCGCGGUUACAAUGGCUGCAGAAGGUGUUGUGGUUAUGCUGGUGAGGCCGUUGAGAACAAGCCUCAUAACUAGCUAGGAAUUAAUAAUAGGCCUUCUGGCUUAUUUAAAUACCAUAUAUAUAUAUAUAAGCUGUUUUCCUAAUUAUAAUGUAUUAUGUACGACCGAGUUAUUGUACGUAUUAUCGAUCAAUUACGUUAUAAUUACGUUGUACGUACGUACGAUCGUAUAAUGUAUGGUGUUUGUGUGAGGUUUUCGAUCUUUUAAUUACUGUAUCAGUGUAUUGGCAUUUUGUUUAUACUAUAUGAUAUGCAUCUAUCUUUUCUUUCGUUUA